AUGUCCGACGGUUCUACUUCUUUUUUUCAGAAAGAAACGGUGCAAGUGAUCGCACAAAGCCUCGGCAUCAACAAAUUAAAAGAUGAUAUUGCCCAGACGUUGGCUCUUGAUGUGGAAUACAGAAUUCGAGAAAUCAUUCAAGAUGCUUCUAAAUUCAUGAGGCAUUCAAAACGCAAGCUUCUUACGACGGAUGAUGUGAACCAUGCGUUAUCUAUGAAGAACAUCGAGCCUCUCUAUGGAUUUAGAGGCCAAUCAUCACAACCAAGUAGAUUUAGAAGAGUAAAACAAACAAAAGAUUUAUACUUUUUGGAGGACGUGGAACUUGACUUGAAAGAUUGUCUGGAGAAACCUUUACCAAAGGUACCUAUAGGACCAUCCAUCUUCACACACUGGUUGGCAAUUCAAGGCAUUCAACCAAAAAUUCCUCAAAAUCCAUCGAUCGAAGAUACAGAAUCGGAUCGGAAGAAACCAAAGGAAAAAGAUCAAUCCAAGAAAGUUUCAACAUCACAAGAUCCAAACGUGGAAUUUAAGCCACUUGUCAAGCAUGUUUUAUCAGAAGAAUUGCAAAUGUACUAUGAAAAAGUUACAGAUGCCAUCAAAGAUUUAAGCAACCAAAAACGAGAUCUAAGAAAGGCUGCUAUCGAAAGUUUAGCCAAUGAUCCUGGAAUCAAUCAACUUAUUCCUUAUUUUACUCAGUUUAUUGCGAGUGAGGUCACAAAUAAUUUAAGAAAUUUGACAUUACUCUACCGAUUAAUGGAAAUGACAAAGGCACUCCUUGUAAAUCCAAAUAUUCAUAUUGAGCUCUAUCUCCAUCAAUUGAUGCCAUCAAUACUAACUUGCAUUGUAGGAAAAACCCUUUGUGAAAAUCCAAAUGAUAAUCACUGGAGUCUACGAGAUUUCUCGGCCAAUAUUAUCGCUUACAUUUGUCGCAAAUUUGGAUCGUCAUAUCAUACCCUUCAGCCAAGAAUUACUAAGACACUCCUUCAUGCAUUCUUAGAUCCCAAGAGAUCCAGAACAACUCAUUAUGGAGCAAUUGUUGGUAUUACAGCUCUAGGAUCCCACGUCACUCAGUUACUCUUUUUGGAGCCUCCAAAAAAUUCAAACUUAAAGAUAUUUUGCAAUUUACUCCUUCCUGAACUGGUAUCUCCAGACAUGCAUACGAGACACAACGCCUUUAUGUGCUUUAAAGCUCUGUUAACCGCAGCAGGUACAUUUUUCACACAACUAUCUAGGUUUUUCAAAUUGGAACAACAAGAACGUGCUAGAGAAUACGCAAGCAGUGUUACCUCUUUUGAAGAAGAAGAGGAGGAAAACACAAACCAAACUAAGAAAAAGGAACAAAGAAAUAUCCACAAAUCUGAGGAAGCACUCAAAAUUGAAAAAUUGACAAGAGAAAUGAGAGAACGAAUGAAUUCUUCAAGCAUUCCAGAGGACGUUGCGGAAAGAUAUUCAGAAUUAUAUGACUUAUUUGGAGAAUCUGUAUUUUCUUUCAUUGAUUAUGACAUUUAUAAGACCAGCGAAAAUGUUGAUUCUUUUUCUAUCAGAAAUUUGAUCAUGUAA